CUGGACGACAUACGUCUAUCUUUCCCGCGCGACCUUGCCUCACUGACGUUCCAGCGUUACCACAUAAUAUUACAUAUAUCCAGCAUUUAUGACCAUUAUUCCCUAUACAACCAUAAUUAUUAACGUAAAUCAUCAUCUAUAUUGCCCGAGGAAAGCUAUAGUAACGUGUAAAUGGGUUCUAAUAAUUCCAAAAUUGGUAAUUAUAUAUGGUAGCCUCGAGGCGCCAACCCAAAAAUUUGUUUUUGAAGAAUUGUGUAAAUAUAUUGAUUUUUAUGUUGUAAUUAGCAUAGAGUGAGGCAGUUCGGUGAGUUUUGUGGGAAUUUCGAGGAGGGAGAAUGUUAUUAUGGGUUAUAGUUGGAAAUUGGAGUAAUUUAGGGAUUUAUGAUGAUAAUGAACGCUGUUGGUACUGCCGGAGGGUGACGUUGCGUCCUGCUGCCACUCCUGCUGCUGAGUCUGCCUUCUGCUGCCGCUCCUGCUACUGAGUCUGCCUUCUGCUGCCACUCCUGCUACUGAGUCUGCCUUCUGCUGCCGUGUCGACUUCUGCUGCUGCAGUGACUGACUUCUGCUCGCUCCUGCUAGCCAGUUGCAUGGUUCAGCAUCUGCAGAAGAGAUUGAAGGCGUUUGAUUCAGACAUUCAGCCUUUGAAAAAUAAUGGAACCAACAAUCCCUACAAGAUCUAAGGACUUUGAGAAUGCCAUGGAUUUCCUGAAGAAUCGGAUGGGACCAAAAGGAUCAAUAUCCAUGUUUUUAGUUCCACGGACACCCACUAAGAUGCAUGUGAAAGACAAAAAGAGUCAAGGUGAAAAUGUCACGGCAAAUAAAAGCACAGGUAAUGCUUUAGAAAAAUCCUUGGAUGAUGGUGUACACAUAUGUGGUGAAGUCAUUACCAUACAAGAGGCUUCUGCUUCAACAAGCAUGAAUCCUACCAGUGACAAGAAAUGUGCUCAGUUAUCAGAAAAUGCAGAUCUUGACGAAGAUGAUACCAAUCACAGCACAUUACCUGAACAGUCCUCUCCUCAGGCUAUUGCAGUUUCCACCUCCACGGAGAAUGGAGCAGGUGGUGGGGAUAUUUUAUCCUCUCCUACCCUUAAACGUAUCAAGGCAAGUAACCAAAUUGUCUGCAUUUAUUCUGACAAAGAUGCUAUGUCAGUGGAAAAUAAUGUUUCAACUCCUACUAAGGACAAAACAGCAGGGAAGAAUAUCAACUUGAAUGAUUGCCCCAAGCAAAUUCUCUCAAGUCAUUCCCCGCAGAAGCAACAUAAUGGGACCGAUCGGGACCCUCAACGCGUGGGAUUUUCAUGCCGUGUGUCUCCAAUUAAAAAUGUAAUUAACAAAACAACAACAGACAGCCUAGUAUCAUCGGGAGAGCAGUUCCAUGACAGGUCUAAAAAUGCAAGGAAGCUCUUGGAAUCAUCUAAGGACCCCGGAGAUAGUAUCUCUACCAGGUCUGUUUCCUAUAACUUGAGACAAUCUAGACAGCAGCCUUUGAGGUUUAAUUACACAGUACCAACACAUAAUAAGCAAGUAAAAGUUCUCAAAACUCAGAAAAGGAAAACGUUCAGUAUUACUCUUCCAUCACUUUCCCCUGAGGCAGAGAAUAAUCUGUUAAGGAUUUUCUUUGCCAUGGCAAAUUUUCAUGGCUGUGAGGUUACCAUAGAUGGCAGAUCUGUAAAUGUACCAACUGUGAGGGUUCAAAGACGCUCACAAGUUUAUAGUUCACGCAAACAAGUGCCCAGUCAACAUUUGAAAGAGAAUCUUCACUCUGACUCUCAACAUGCAUUAUCUCAAAAUGUAUCAUAUACAAAUAAGAAUGAUGUCGGCCUUUUCUCUCUCUAUCCAGAGGUUGUUUUGUGCACUCCUCAUCAAAUGUAGAGUGUGCCUCUCUUAUACAAUGACUAAGGCCUCAAUAACAGAUGAUUAUCACAACAGGAAUGUUACAUUAAUCGUAAUGGGGUCAAAGAUAAGCUGCUAGUUGGCAUGCACUCACAACUCCAUAAAUUGGUAGAAUUUUUUAUGUGGUUAUUCUGUCCCGUAUCUCCCUAAUAGUAUGACUUUGACCUCAUCUGCCUGGAUGUUCUUUUGUAGUGUAUUAUCUCUGCAGCUACGAGAGUACAACUUUUAUUCUUAGUGUGAUUUUUUUUCUUUAGAACCAAACUGAAGGUUUGUUUUGUUUUGAGUUAUGAAAUGAGAGUCGAUGUUAUUGAUAUUACUAUUGUUGAUGUUUACCUGAGGGCCACCAUCUCUAGUAGCCUCGACAGGGACAUAAAGCUGGCAGCUUGUCAGAGUUGCCACUAUGUUUCGCAUUUUUUGUUUCAUAAAGCUAUGGACAUGCAAUUAAAGAAAGAAUAAUUCUUGACUCAUUUUGCAUAAGGAUGCAUUGAAAAAUACCUUAUCAGUUUACAGUUAAUUUUUUAUACACUACUAAAUUCAUUAUAAUUUGCAUACAAAACUCAAAAUUUAGUUUUUUAUUACUAAAUGGGGAACUGAUCAUAUAAUUAAAGUCACUACACAGCAGCAUAUUUUAAAAUUAUGUUUGGUUCAUUUACCUUAAUCACUACACAGCAGCAUAUUCUAAAAUUAUGUUUGGUUCAUUUACCUUAAUGUACGUGAUUCUUUGUUUUUAAUUUUCAAGUGUUAAUUGCUUAGUGUCUGGAUAUGAUUGCAAUUUGUUUAAAGAUUACUAGCCUGAAGAAAAUCGUGAAAUACUAUGUAUGUAUACUGAAAUAAAUAUAUUAAAUUUAUUUUGUGAAUUAUGUAUAAUAAUGGUAUGGAUAAUAUUUUAAUGCACAUUACUUAUUAGGUACUGAUACUGUGAGAUGUGAGCUUGAAAAUUAGCAGUGCUCGUUAAGUACUGGGGGAUGUGAAACUUUAAAAUUGAUAGUGCUUAUUAAGUAGGCCUGCUGUGUGAAACACUAGCAUUAAAACUGUGUUCAUUACAUACUGCGUGA